CCUGCAAAGAAAAAAGAAAUACUAAAUAUAUGUAGGAAUAUUAAAAGAUGAUGAUCGGAGAGAAAUAUUAUAGUAAUCAGACGGUCCAUGUUGCUCCCUGGCCUUAUAGAGAUGAUCUGACGGUUGAUGUUCACUCUGCUCUCACCUCUAACGGAAAUGCCAACUCUAACGAUGACUUCUCGUCUUUACAAAACGAUGCCGCUCUUAAGGCGCUUAUGCGUUACCUGCCGUCCAACUCCAACGACGUCGUCUUCGAGUCCGACAACGAGAGGGACGUUGACCUUCCGGUGGGCGCGUACUCGUCGGAUAAUUUCCGCAUGUACGAUUUUAAGGUGAGGAGGUGCGCACGUGGGAGGUCACAUGACUGGACUGAGUGUCCGUACGCUCAUCCCGGAGAGAAGGCCCGCCGGAGGGACCCGCGGAAGUUUCAUUAUUCCGGCACGGCUUGCCCGGAGUUCCGGAAGGGGAGUUGCCGGAAGGGCGACGCGUGUGAGUACGCGCACGGCGUAUUUGAGUGCUGGCUCCACCCGGCUCGCUAUCGUACGCAGCCGUGUAAAGAUGGGCUUAGCUGCCGGAGACGGGUCUGCUUCUUCGCCCACGCGCCGGAACAGCUCCGAGUUCUGAGUCCUCGGGCCGAGUCGCCUCACUGGUAUAACUCCUACGAUGGCUCCUGUGAAUCGGGCUCGCCGCCGACCGAGUCGCCUCCCUUGUCUCCGUCAGUUAACUCACUGAGCCGCUCGCACGGGUCGAACUCGGUAAACGGGUUAGUAGCCUCUAUGCGCCAAAUACAGCUAAACAAGGUCAACUCAAUGCCCUCGUCGUGGAAAGCGCAAAUAGGAUCGCCUAGACUCGGGUCUACAAGAGCCCGACCCGGUUUCUGCAGCUUGCCAGCAACCCCGACCCAGAGUGUCGGGCGACCCGGGUCGUGCUACUUUGAUCUAUGGGAGAGGGGUUUGGGUAAGGAAGAGGCACCUAUGGAGAGGGUGGAGUCUGGGAGGGACCUUAGGGCAAAGAUGUUUGAAAGAAUUGGCAAGGAAAAUCCCUUGGACGGGGAGAACCCGAGUCCGAACCCAUAUCCGACCCAAGCUGAUGCCCCGAAUCCUGAUUUCGGGUGGGUGUCGGACCUGGUCCAGUAAACUCUCAACUGUGAAUUCAUUGUUUAUAACUUUCUUAACCAUUGGAUUUGAGCAAUGGAGUUUCUAUUUUAACCCCUCUCAUUUUUCUCCCUAUUAAAAAAUAUUCUGAGAGGAGUUUUCGGACAAUCAAAAAAGUUAUUUAUCAUUGUAAUAUUAUAGCUACAUCGAGGUUGUAUUGAUUGAAUGAUGUUUUAUUUUCUUUUUUGGAGUGUAAAUAUUAUUAGUUGGAUAUAUGUUCAUUAUGCUAUGAUGUUAUGAAAUAUUACUUAUGUUUCCCUACUC